UUAUUGCAACCAGCAAUCAUCUCGCUGUUAACGCGCAUCUCAUUGCGUUUUUUUUAAUGAAUUUAUUUAUUUCACCAAAAAAUUGCAAUUAACCAAGUCUUUGUUGUUAUAUCCUUAAGAGUAGAAAUGACAAACUUUUUAGGGAUAUAGAUCGAGAUUUUUUGCAGUUAGUUCGACAUGCAGAAAAUGAAUGUCAAAUCUGGUUUGACGCUAACGAAGUGGUACAACCAGUGGUACAAGAUAACAACCCUGAGGUUUCUCAAAUCAUAAGCUUGAGUAAUAUCUGUUUGUUAGAUGAAUCUUGGACAUCUACUGCUCAAUUCAGUGGAUGCGGAUGAUGGGUAUGGAUGGACAGUGGUGGGAACGUUCAACUUAUGGGAACAAGGAAUUUCACUCGACGCGAAUCAGCCUUGCAUUCGGAAGUGGAAGCACUGCGAUCGGCGAUGGAGAAUAUGCUUCAACACUCAAUAUGUCAGAGCUUCGGGAUGGACUGUAAGGAGCUGAUUGCAAUGAUAAAGGACCUUCAGGCGUGGCCAAGUUUUGCAACGGAAUUGGAGAGGAUAGAGACGCUACAUAUAUGCUUCCCGGACUUCAGCAUUAUUCAUGUCCACGGACGCGAAAUCAAAUUUCAGAUUUUUUAGCUAAGACUGCUAGAUCCUUCCAUAGGGAGUUACUUUUUAUUUGUUGUUUUAUUCCGGUUUGGUUACCCAGACCACCUCAAGUUUGAUUAAUAGAAUGACCUAAAAAAAAAUCUUUGUUGUAUGCUUCUUAAAUUUGAGUGUUGACUUUUUCCAUUCUGGAUAGUAUCAUCAUUUCGUUGUUUUGUCGGAUGAGAAACUCAAUAUGCUUACUAAAUUUAAUGUUUUCCUACGUGAACCAUUUUUAAUUAUUUCAGGAUAAAUAAAAUAACUAUAUCGCAUGAUAUUUACGUACUCGAAUAAUGCAUAUAGAUCCGUGCUCUUUAUAAACAAACCAAAAAGUCUCCAUCUCUCUCUAACUAAAAGUCUCCACUCCUCGUUCUUUCUCUCUAGAUCUAUAGAUAACAUAAGAGAUAUAUACACUGAGUGAGAGAGUGUGAUGAAGAUAAGGUACUGGCGGAGGUCAAGAGGAUACGAAAGGCUUGACGGCUCGACUAAGAAGUCCAACUCGGAUCCGACCCGGAAGAGACGGUUUUGGAAGAGGAUCAAGAUAGUGCGGAAGCUGAGGGUCUUGAAAAAGACGUCCCCUAAGAAGCUUCUAACGCGGCUUCGAGAUUCUUACGUCAAUAUGAUGGUGCGCCUCGCCAGUUCUCCGGCCAUAGGGUCUUCAUUCGCCUACGGUGAAUAUGGGUGCGGGUCGGGUUUAGCGAAGAAGGAGUAUGAUGAGAAGAAGCUGGUGGAGAUUUACAAAUCCAUGUUGAUGGCGCAGGGGACUCUGGUUCACCGCAAUGCACCUAAACCUUCCUCUGAUUCUAUUGCAUGUACUCUCACAGCUUAGGUAAUUACAUAUGUAUGUGGAUCAUCGAUGUUAAGAGUUGUGAUUGUAAUCUGUGUUAAACUUACAUUUCCUGAAACUAUAAAAUAAUAUAUUAAUCGGAUAUAUAUGGUUUAUCCACCCAUACAUAAAGAAAUGGUUUGCAUUUA